UCAUUAGUAUUUCCAUUGACUUCUGAUUUCUCUUGUACAACAUUUUUGUGUGCAACUUUUUAGAAUAAAUUAAGAUAGGAUAUCCGCAACCACAUAAUUUAGUCUGUUUUGCAGCUUUAUGUAAGAGAUUCAUUCAAAGGAUUUAUGAUGACUAGUCCAGCAAGUAUAACAUCGAGAGAAAAAAACAUGAACGUUCUUUCGCCUUAAGAGGGCGACUGUUGAAGAACUGCACAUAGUGAAAACAUCAUAGCAUGCGAGGCAGUAGCACGUACAGCUACACACAUCGUAGGCCUAUAUCGUCCCGUAUACAAGCUCAAUUAUCAUUAAUAGGCACAGCUGCGAAAUUAUCAUAUACAACUAUUGAUUAUUGUAUUAUAAUUACGAAUUACCAAACACAUGUCAUUCAGAGUCUGCCCCGUUUGAUGUAAUUCGUAUAUUGGUCAGAAAUCACUGCAAAUUCAGUUUACAUCCGAGGCAGGGAAACUGAAAGUCCGUCAUUGCUAUACUGUCAUAAAAGAACAAUAUUCUGAGAAGCCAGUUCGGUUUCGCAUGUGAAAUAUGAAUCAUAAUAAAAAUGUGAAAUGAAAACAUACAGCUCCUGAGUUUUGAUAUACCAGUAUUUUAUGCUGGUUGUGUGUGGCGGUAUAUUUUAUGCAGUGGUAGCUGUGUAAUGCAUUCAGUCUAUGACGUGUAAGGAUUGUAAUUUCAAUCAGCGCACAGCGAAAUGGAGAGCAAUGUCACCUUGACAACGAUGGAGACACCGAGCUCAACCAAAGAAAAGACUAAUUAUUAUCUGGCCAUCGCCUCGCUAUGCAUCGGCGUCAUCAACACGGUGGCCGUGAUCGCCAUGCUGAUCUGGCUACGUAGGCAUCCCAAACUCAGAGGUGAACCCAACUCGUCGAAGGCUAAGAAGGCCAAGCCGUCCUCGCCAAAGAAAAUACUGACCAUCGACUACCGCAUGUCCGAACUAGACGACGAGUCUGAAAACUGCCCUCAACGGCAGGGCACGUUCGCGAUUGGACAGCCUCUGCCGCAAGAGGGCGGCAGGGCCAGUGCCCACGUGCAUCACCGUGGUGACGGGGAGGACAGGGAUAACCCUUCGUUUACUGCAGCGCCUGAAAUAUUAGCCCAGUCUUCGGUAUACGAGAACACGAGGUUCCCGCCUUAAGUUACAUGAAAACCGGAUGGGAGAAACCAUCAAACUGAUGGAUUUGGAGUCUGGUUCCUCGGGCAUAUUUUGUUGCAUUUAAUUAGUUAAGAAA